GCUGAAUAAUCGGGCGCGAAAGCUUCGUCACGGAAUCUGUCGGAAACGCUUGCUCGCUAUUGGUUGAAAAAUUUGAAAGUACCAACAUUAUGAACGUAACUUUAUCAAUUCGGCUAUGUUGGCAGAACGAAACCAGUUGUGUAGGCAGGUAAAAUUCGUCGCUACUGAAUAAAAUUUAUUUUUCUUCAGUGGUUCUCACAACGAACUUUAUAUUGUUUUAUGCAAAAUCGUAUCUUUGAAGAUAAUAUUUCUAACGAUGUAAUUAAAGGUCACCUGUAAUGAAUUUUAUAUGAUCACAAAAUAUUUGUUAUGAAUUCGCUAACAUUUCCCAACGCGAGAAAUGGAAAGGCAGCAGUCUAAUUUACUUCAAAACUUCGACGAUCCGAAAUCAGAAAUAUUGAAAAAAAGAUUAUUGAAAGCGACAAGUGCUUCCGCCACGGCCAAUUUUACACAGAACAACUCGCAGAAUAAUGUGCUAUUGAAUACGUUGCGCGCGCCCAUAUCGAGCAGCAUGCUCGUGUCCUCGGUGCAAGCGCCGCAGAGCUCGAUGCCUAUUACUCACAAUCUCGUCACUCACUCUAUCGCUCCUGUUAAAAUUCACGCGAACAAUUCCCACUACCCACUUCAGCUGUCUACGGUCCAUGUGCCGGUGCAGAUCCCUGGGUCGACGUCCAACAUUAACGUGCCGGUCCAGCUGUCGGGGGCCACGAGUAGUGUGCCCUUACAGAUCGCACCAGUAAGUCUUCCCAUUCAAGUAUCGGCUACUACUAACGUCCCAGUCCAGCUGCCCGCCGGAGAGACUAUUAAUGUUCCCCUCCAAAUUCCCGCAAGCCAAAAUAUCCAACUCGCAGGCCCCACAUUGCCAUCUAUGCCUCUCUUACAAAACACUACUCAACCGCUUCAUAACUCCAUUAUUCAUGUGCACAUGGGUUCUAAUCCGCGGGCUAGUAACAUGGACGGAGGUUCUGAAAUGAACAAUUCUGGGCAACUGCAGAUGCAAGACCAGGGGGUACAAAUGAAGAUGAGCCAAGCUCCAGUGUCGCAGGUGCAAGUGGGAAGUAACUCCACGAUUGUACAGAUACCCAAUUCAUCCAGCAACUCAAUACAGCUGACCUUGCCAAACUCUGGAGGGCAGGGAGCUGUACAUUUAAGAGGUGCUCAGAGACCGGUCCCUCAUGUUGUUUAUUUACAAACUCCGACUGGACUGAAAUCUUUUACGAGUACUGAUGUCAUCAGCCAAGCCAGUACAAGUGGAAAUCCUCCACAAAUCAUUGUGCGCAGACCUGUUACAAGCAAUUCAAAUAUUAAUUUGAUUUCAAAUGUUGGACAGAAACCUAACAUUGCUCCAAAGGUUCAAGGGCCAAACAAAUCUUCAAUAUUGGCACCGGCAAACCCCGUCCAGCCCAUUGUUAUACAGAAACCGAAAGCCAGCGAUAAAGUGAUUGUUCCUGUGAGCAUUGCUGCUGGUAACCAAGGGAAGCAGGCAAUAGCUUACCUCAGCACUGUGAAGAAACCGACUGUGAAAAAUGUUGAAAACCAAUCAAUUCUAAUUUCAAGCAAUCAGAAUAACGUUAAUUCUGUAAAUUCAAACAAUCAAAAGCUUUUCUUAACUCCCAUGAACAUGCCAAAAAUUCAGAAUACAAAGUUUAUUUUACCAGUAACCCUUCCAGCGACCAUGGCAUCUAAGGGCCCCAUAAUAAAUCUCCAAAUUGCAAAUGGUCAAAUACAAAAUGAUCCCCAAGGAAAUAUUACCGUAAUGAGAGACACAGGUAAUGUGGAAACCUCAGAUAUGCCACCCUUGCAGCCUCUGCAAAAGAUAGUGUCUAUAAAUGGUAAAGAAUCAUCUGUACCCCAAAGCCCGAAGGCUGAGAAGUAUGCCACAUCCAUUUUAGGUUCAAGGGCCGAGCCCACCGGUGAGCAAGGGGAGUACACUCUCUCAAUUCCAGAAACAAAUGCUUCAAUGAAUGAUGACAUUUACACUGUGUCCAUAGCCGACGAAGAGGAUGGACAGACAACAGAGAAAUCAUUCACAUUGGCUAUACCAGAGAAGGGUAAAAGUCUUUUGAAUAAGAACUUAAUUGAUAGGAAUGACAUGGGGCCAGUAACUGUAGCAGCACCGGCGAUUCUUCGCCGCUCCUACUCUGACAACAGUGAUAGGAAGACCAUCAAUCACAAUAAUGUAAAACGUCGUAUUUCCCUGUGUGCGGAGAAUAUGUCCAAUAAGACUUUCAGGUUGUCAUUGCCAAACUCCAAAGCUAUCAGUACCCUUGAAACUGAUGGUAAUGAUGAUCACAAAGUUCCUUCCCUCUUUUGUAAUGAGAAACUUGAUAAGGACUUGGAAUCGAAGGUUGUGCUAGAAGAUUCUGACACUGAGGAGUACAGGGAAAAAAUAGAAUGUGUCAAAAAUAACAUGUAUAGUCACAAAGACAGUGAAUAUGAUAAAGAUGACGGCAAAGAAUUUUCCGAAUCCGUAACAGAAGAGGAUCCCCCAGGACUGGUUUGGAUCAAUGGAGUAGCACAACUGAGGGGAAGUGAUCUUCAGUUUCAAACUAAUGAGUUUGGCAUGAUUGAUUUAAUCCAAAAUGAAAACGAUUUGGAUCAUCUUACCAACCCAAGUGCUAAGUAUCAUACACCUUUAAAGCAGAGGAUUGAAAGAAGCAGGGACAAGAAACCAACUUCCCCUGAAGAUUUAUACCGCUGUGAUGGUUGCGGUUGCCACGGUAUGGCUGCAGAGUUUAUAACUCCAAACUUCUGCAGUGUGACUUGUCAAACAGAAAAUCAAAAGAUGUUGCAGAAAAAGAAGGACAGGGAAAGGAUUGAAAUGACUAAAAAGAGAAAUAAAAUGAAAAAGCUGCUCAUGAGAAAACAAACAUUGGAGGCUGAAAUUGGUCAAGAAAACAAAGAUGAUAAAGUAGCUCUUAAGCAGUACGAUUCAGCUGCUAGUGACAGUCAGCUAUCAGAUGCCAACUUAGUGAAGAUGGCUGAAGACAUGGUCGAAAAUGAAAAGUAUCCAUGGAUGUGUGGCAAGAAUGGAUUCUCUUGGAUGCGCUAUUUAGACGUUUGCAAGGCCAAAGCAGCUCCAGUAAAGUUAUUCAAAGAUCCGUUUCCGUACAGCAAAAAUGGUUUUAAGUUGGGCAUGCGUUUGGAGGCAAUAGACCCGGAGCAUCCAGCAAUGUUCUGUGUGGUUUCCGUUGCUGAAGUGCAAGGAUACAGGAUGAGGUUGCACUUUGAUGAAUAUCCAGACAUGUAUGACUUCUGGGUGAAUGCUGACUCCGUAGAUAUCUUCCCUCCAGGCUGGUGCGACAAGAAUGGCCGCACGCUCAAGCCGCCAGCUAGUUAUGUGAAUACAACAUUCUCAUGGCCGAUGUACCUGAAACAAAUGCGCGCUAUAGCAGCUCCAAGACAGUUGUUUCCACAUAUUACAGCUACAAAUAUGAAGCCGAACAGCUUCCGCGUGGGCAUGAAGUUGGAGGCGGAGGAGCGUGGCGGCACGUUACGCGUGGCGACGGUGGCGGACAUGAUGGACGGACGCGUGCUGGUGCGGCCCGACGGUGGUGCGGACUUCUGGGCGGACCCCGCCUGCCCGUACAUACACCCGGUGGGCUGGGCCGACGAGCACGGCGCCGCGCUGACCCCGCCCAAAUGCUACAAGGAGGAGGUGUUCUCGUGGGAGGCGUACCUGGCGGAAACGAUGUCGACGGCGGCGCCGCCCCGCGCGUUCAAGACCCGCGCGCCCGUCGGCUUCAAACCCGGCAUGAAGUUGGAAGUUGUUGAUAAGAGGGUGCCGUUCCUUAUUCGCGUGGCGACGGUUAGCGCGGUGCGCGGCCACCGGGUGCGAGUGUCGUUCGACGGUUGGCCGGACGAGUUGUCGUGCUGGCUGGACGACGACUCGCCCGACAUACACCCCGUCGGCUGGUGCCUCAAGACCGGACAUCCGCUGGAGCCGCCGCUAACGGCGGAGGAGCUGCGUAUAGCUGGCCCGUGCGGCGUGGGCGGAUGCCGGGGGCUGGGCUCGGUGCGGGGCGGGGCCAACAAGCAGCACGCCGUGCCCGCCGCCUGCCCCUACCGCGCGCCGCCGCCAACGCGCUCCGACCGCCUGCAGCCGAGGCCACCAAGCAAACCGCCUAAACCUAUACAGUCGAGUACCCCGACAAGUGAUACACAGAGAGAAAAAUUACCGAGAGGACGGCCACCGAAGCAUAAACGAGUGGAGGAAGUCAUUAAGAAUGACCCAGGCUCCGAUGAUGAGUCACUAUCCAGUGGCGGUAAGCGGUGGCGGGGAUCCCCCGCACCGCGCGACCCGCCCUCCCCCGCGCGCGCCGUGCUCGCCCGACACAUGGCCGAGCUCGACCUGCCGGACAACCCCGUGCUUUGGUCACAGAAAGAGACGGCGGCGCUGGUGGGUCGUCUCGGCGGUGCGGGCGCGGGCGCAGCGGCGGCGGCGGCGCGGCUAUCGGGCGCGGAGCUGCUGAUGGCAUCAUGCGACGAGCUGGUAGCAUGCCUGCGGCUGCGGCUCGGCCCUGCGGUGAAGGUGCACGCGCUCGUGCGCCACUUGCGUCGCCGGCUCACGUGACGCCUCCCGCCCCUCCCCCGCCUGCCCCGCCUACCCCGCCUGCGCGCGCUCACCGAUGCGCUCGCCUCCUGGAUAUACGCCGCAAGAAUAUAACAAGAUCGUGUGACAGCAACAGUUAUAGCGAAAAUACGUGUGAACAGAGCUUAAGUAAAUAAAUCAUGAACAUUAUCAUACGCGGAUCUUCGAUAGUUGUGAUUAUUCUGUGCGCUCUUAGAAUGAGCAAAAGAAAUGUUAAUAGUCCUUAGCGCCAAAAAUGUAAAUAGAGAAUGAAACAGACAUAAUUUACUUUAGUUUUUGUGUUUUUGGACGUGACAUGUAAUAAACCUACUGCGAAUUUAUGAAUACACCGCUUUGCCAUAAGUGUUAAUAUAUUCACUAUGUGAAUAUGUUCUAAUGUAGUGUUCAGUUAUUUUUCAUAACUUGUAAAUAUUUUAAUUUUGUCUUUUAAAUCUUAACAACCUUAAGAUGGUUGAAAUUUCACAUUUUAACUUAAAUGUGUUUGUACAGUUUUACAAUAUAAAUUAUCAAGUUUAGAUUUGUGAAUAUUAUUUGCUAACACAAAGUUUAGUACUGCGUAAACAAAUGCUAGUUAUUAGAUAUUUGCCCCUGUCUGUCAAGCUAAUUUUCUAGCAGAAUAGAAAAGGAGAAAACCAGCUGUCUAUGUCUAAGUACUUGCAUACAGUUUUGCUCGAUCGAGCAAAACCCAC